UCCAAAAUUCAAUCCUUCUUUCAUCAAUUAUCUAAAGUAGUUUUUAAGAAGAGAAAGCGAAGCGCUGGUUUAUGAAGAACAUACAAGAAAAGCAUCCAAUUGCGCCUCUCAUGUACACACCAACCUCAAUUUGUCCUAGGCCUAGACAAACUUUCUCAUUUUUGUUCCGAUUUAGGAAAAUAAUUUCAUCAUCCGCCGGGAAAGGCUAACAAAUAAGGAACCGGAGCCAUGAUCUCUAAAGAAGAUGCUCGUAUUAUCUUUGGCAUUCUAGGAAAUGUCAUAUCCGUGUCGCUGUUUCUCUCCCCCGUGCCAACAUUUUACCGAAUAUGGAAGAAAAAGGCAGUGGAGCAGUACUCAGCGGUACCAUACCUAGCGACGUUCAUAAACUGCGGGCUUUGGAUACUAUACGGGCUGCCAAUGGUACAACCCAACAGCACGCUGGUGUUGACCGUUAACGGCACUGGUUUUGUGAUCGAGAUCUUUUACUUGUCUUUGUUCCUCAUCUACUCUGUGCCUAAGAAGCGCCUCCGCCUCGUGGCUGCGGUGGUGACCGAAUGCUUCUUCCUCGCCGCCCUCUCCCUCUGCGUCCUCCUCCUCGUCCACAAACCCAAGCCCCGCGCUGACAUCGUCGGCAGCAUGUGCAUGGCCGGCAACGUCUUCAUGUACGCCGCCCCCUUAUCCGUCAUGAAGCUGGUGAUCACAAGUAAAAGCGUGGAGUACAUGCCCUUCUUCCUGUCAUUCUUCUCGUUCCUGAAUGGGUUGUGCUGGACGACUUAUGCUCUCAUGAAAUUCGAUGCUUUCAUUCUUGUCCCCAACUCCAUAGGGUCGGCGCUGGGGCUGGCGCAGCUCGUCUUAUACGCUACCUUUUACAACUCAACUCAAAGAAUUUUGGCGCAGAGAAAAAUGCAAGGAGGGGAAGUGGAUUUGGCCAAAAUUGAUGCUGAACGCAAUCAAAACGGCGACGUCGUCAAUGGAGCUUAGUUUGAUUAUCUAUAUCCAUAAUCCAUCCACCUAUUUCAUUAUCAAUUAUUAAUUAUUUCUGUUUUGCUCCCAUCGCGAUUGCUAAGCACUCGUGAUUUGCUAUCGUCUCUUAUUGUAUCUAUUUCAAACUUACUAAGUUUACUAAUUUUAUUUUACAUUUGUUGCUAACUGUCAUGCUUUUG